AUGGAUCUGGGCCGACGGCUCACGAAUGUCGCCUUCAUCACCUUUGCGGCCUUCUUUGAGGGUUUCUUUCCCUCAGUGUUUGUGCCUUUCUCAUUAUUGGUGCAACGAACAGCUGAGCCGCAGGAACUUGAGAGAGCUGCCACACAGACCAUGGACAAGCUUCAUGCCUGCAAAAAAGGUUUGGCCCAGAUCAAGAAACUCGUACUGGUGAGCACACUGCUCAGACAGCACUGCACUCCGGGUGAAGUCGUUCGGCUGUUGGAUGCAUUUUGCUAUACGAAGGCCUCUCGACAAGUUUCCGGAUUCCUUGCAGCAGUGAUGCGCAUUGUGUUUAUGCUUCCGCCGAAGCUGCAGAAUGUUGCCCUUCAGACAACAGCUUACGAAGGUGAUGAACAAUACCACUGUUUGGGGCCGCACUGCCAGUGCCUGCAACAAAACCGCANNCGCAUGGCACGGAACCCUUAUCCCGAAUUGGGUGAAAACCAAGUCUACAUCCGCAUUUACUCCCAGCGCGGACGGAGGGGUCAGUCACGACGAAUCAGAGUGCCGCUGUGGACGGUGAGCGGUGCAAUCGAGGACCACCCUGAGCGGCCAAGGGUGCAAAAGCACUUACGGAGUGGUGAGGUUUUGCUUGGUGCAAACGCCAUGCGACCCCACAUCACAGAGGCUGCAGGGUCACGUUGUCAAGUCCCUGAAUUGGUCUAUGCGGUGAGCAAAGACAUUUUGGCGGCUUGUGAUAGCGCUUCGUCAUCCAUCGACGCCUUUAUAGGUGAGCUCGAAGAAAUGUUCAAGCAUGUAGGGGUGAACGACGACAUGCAGGAGGUCCGCAACCUUGGAGGUGAAGCGUUUGACUGGAAUGCGGUCCUCCACCCGAAUCAGGUCAGCCUUCGCUCCAACGGUGAGGCCUUCAGACGCUUCACGGCCGUCCUUCUGCCUUUCCUCAAGAACAGCAGGUGGCCCGAGGGUGAAGUCUUCGCUGGAGUGAGGCGCAGCUGGGACUUGUCGGAGGGUGAGCUGCUUGCGCAGUACAAGAUCUUGAUAAUGCGGAUGAGACAUGCGGCCACCGCUUCGAGGUCAACACCACGUGACGUUGCGGAGGCGGCGCAGCGCUGGAAAGUGGCCGAGAGGUUCAGGGUGAGGCCUGUUGUCACGCUUCAGGCGUUGUGGUCUUUGCGCCGCUUUUUGCAUUGUGGACAUGCGCAGCAGUGCAAGCUGCUGCAUCUGGUGUCGGCCUUCCUCUCCGAGCCUGACAAGGGUGACUUCUUCGUCACCAACGGUUUGGGUCAUCCUGGCAACGGCCACAGGGUGACGGGCAAGAGAGCCAAGACUGAGAUCUUGCAACAUAGCUGCCGGGGGACGAUCGCAAGGCUUUUGCAAGGCACCAUGGCGGGGAAACUGGUGAUGAUCCUUGACUGCGAGGUGAAGAUCGAUUAUGGGGCUGUCGCUAAGGACCUGACACUAUUUCCAUGGUUUGCUGUGGGAAAAGGGUCCAACGGUGAUGCUCCCCAGCUUUCGCUGCAGCAUUCGCCUUGCUGGCACGCGGUGAGGGUUUUUCACAGGUACAGGAUGCUUCACAUGCCAGAGGCUUCCGUCGAGCGAAUAGGGUCAAUUCUCCAUCACCAAUUUCACACGAUGCAGCUGCUUUCGCCUGCGCAAGCCGUUGACCGCGCNNCUGCUUGCGCAGGCAAUGGUGAGCUGCCUGGGUCAAGAGAGAGACGAAAUGGUGAAAUCUUGCGUGGCCAAGGCUAUGAAGGACAUGCGAAGGGUGAAAAUGGUGAGGAAGACCACCCAGGUUCAACAGGUCUCCAACCGUGUGGAGGCACUGGGUGA